ACACAUAGCACUUUUGGGUGCCAUGAAAAUUCCUCCAAAAAAGCCUCAUUUUUUCAAACCCCUUCAGCCAGGUUUCAAGAAUGGUCUUAAAAUUCCUAUAGGUUUCUUGAAGUAUCUAAAGGGAAAUGACCAGAUUGAACAUGCAAUACUGAGAAGAGAUGGUAACAAGUGGCCUACGAAGGUGAAUGACCCACGAUCCGAAGCGGGUUGGGCUGAAUUUGUACAACAAUAUGAUUUGCAAUUGGGAGAUAUAUUGAUGUUUAGACAUGAAGGAAACAUGGAAUUUGAAGUUUCCAUAUUUGAUUCAACUCAUUGUGACAGAGAAUAUGCAGAGUAUAUGCAGGAAGGAGGAGGAGGAGGAGGUGCCCAUACAGAGGAUGCAACAGAAAGACCGAUGAUGCGCAUGAUCAAAUCGUCAACAAAGGCUUCUUCCCCUGUAAAAACUGCUACUCAUCACAAGUCUUUUGGUCAUUUUGAAUGCAUUAUUAGAGAAUAUUGCAUUCGCCGAGGCUAUUUGUACCUUCCUCGACGUUUCGCAAUUGCAAAUGGUCUCAUCAAUAAGAAGUGUGAUUUGAUUAUAAGAGAUGAAAGACAAAGGUUGUGGAAUUUUAAGUUAAGUUCUUCUAUAACUCAAACCUAUAUUAUUGGAUGUGGAUGGACCAAAUUCUUUGCUGAUAAUUGCUUAAGGAAAGGAGAUCGCAUAAUGUUUGAGGUCGUUACUAAUGGAGAGACACCAAUAUGGAAAUUUCAAGUUACUAAUCGAGAAGCUCCAUUGCUGAAGUUUCAAGACAAUAUUAUGGAACAGCCCUCAAACAUGAGUCUUCUCAAUGCACAAGUAGUUACUUCAAAUUCUGGUGAUGAGCAUCAUCCUUGCUUUAUUUCAACCAUUAAAUCUUAUUGCUUCACAGAGGCAGUUUUGUGUCUUCCAUUGGAUUUUGCAAAGUCAAAUGGAUUGAUGAAUAAAAACUGUGAGAUGGUUCUGAAAAACGAAGCACAGAGAUGCUGGUUGGUUUGGCUCAGGAGAGCUGGACGUUAUUUUGGAAUUAUAUGCGGAUGGACAAAAUUCAGAGAUGAAAAUAGACUCCGGAUUGGAGAUGCUUACAAGUUUGAACUCGUCAACAAUGGGGAAAUACCUAUAGCACAAUUCCAUUGCAAGUGUUCUUUUAGUUCUAAUGUACUUUUGUCAAGUUUAAGUUCUAUGCUCCAACAGAUCGUAUUUUAGUUGUAUGAUUUCUAUAUAAUAUUUCUCAUAAUCGUGUAGAUAUAUUGCAAAUAGUUCAUUUCAAUGGUCUUUACA